AUGAAGGCCACCACCGCACUCCUGGCCCCUGCCGCCCUGCUCGCCGCCGUCUCGUCAGUGCUCGCCUCGCCCACGGGCGUCAGCGACAACGAUGCGCCCUCGACCACCACCACCAGCGCCUCGAGCUGCACGGCGCCGCUGAUCGCAGAGCUGUGUGACUACCCGCCGCCUGAGAAUGCCGGCUACUUUGCCAUCGCGGCCAGCGGGCCAUCGACGUGCUGGGAGCACUGCGCAAAGAACGCGCCCUGCAACUUCUCCGUCUUCCUCCUCAACAACCCCUACACGGGCACGGGCACCUGCUGGAUGUACCCGGGCCAGUCGUACAACCCGGCGGCCGGGCAGGCCGACGGCUGCACGCGCAAGUCGUUGAGCGUCUACGGCCAGCCGACGUGCUCGGACCCGGAGCAGCCCAUCGGCGGCACCAACACGGCGCCGCCCGCCUGCGCCGCCACCGCGAGCCCCUCGCCCGUCGCCAAGAUCUGCGACUACCCGCCCCCGCCGGACGGCUGCUUCAACUCGUGCGCCGCCUCGGCCAGCAGCGCCGCCUGCCUCAGCCAGUGCGCCCAGUCCGACUCGUGCGCCUUUGCCAUCUUCAACCCCGGCAACGAGCCCCUCGACCCAAACUACUCGGGCAACUGCUGGAUGUACCCCGAGGGCGCUGUCUUCGACCCAAAGCUCGCCGGCACAUGCAAGGGCGACAAGCCCGAGCAGUACGUCUACCAGAACACGUGCCCCAAGAUCGUCAAGCCUUCGCCGUCGUCGUCCUCGGAGGGUGGUGGUGGUGGUGCGGCGGGCGGCGCCUCGCCGACCCCGGGACCGAGCGGCACGGGUGGUGAUGUUAGUGGCGGCGCCGCAGCUGCUGCCGGUGCGUCUUCGGCACCUGCCCCCGAGAAGGCCGCCGCCAACGGCCUUGCGCAGGCUUCCGCUGGAUCAGUGGUUCUUGGCGCGGCUCUGCUGCUAUGGCAAGCACUUGCAUAA